AUGGUUGCUUCAAUUUCUCUUCUCCUCCUGAUUAUUAUUCUGCUAACCACUUGCAGUUGGUGCUUCUUCUCUUCAACACCCCACACUUUGUUAUAUUUACUUCUUUCCAGUUCUUUCCCCUUCAUCUUUUCAAAACUCAAACAGAAAGUGAAGCCAAGCCAAGAAUCUCCACAACAAGAGAAGAAGAGAACUGACAUAAAGGUUGCAGCUUUUGAAGAAGUUGUAUCAGAUGAACUGAUUGACAGUGAUCAAAAGCUUAUGCUGGGCUCAGAUUGUUCAGUCUUCGAAGAUUCGAACUUGUUCGGAUCAUCACAAAGUUCUGAAAAUUCAAUCUCAGACGAUGAGAGUCUCAUUGAGAUUGCUCUACCAGAUGGCCGCUACAUUGAUUUUGGAAAGAUUAGUUCAGAGCCUGAACAUGAACUCCUCCUUGACUACUUGCCCAAGUCAUUGUUUCUGCAACAUGGAUUGAUGGAACUCCUUUUAGAGAUCAAUGAGGAAGACAAUAUGAUCGAAAUUGACAUCGCUAUGGGCUCCAUCAAAUGCCCAAGGUUUCAGAUCAAGGAUUGAGCUUGCUGUGACGAGUUCUUUUGUACUUUUUAAGCA